CCCCUGCAGCCUCCCGCCCCCUCCCCAGGCCGGCGGGCACGGCUGCUAGAAGGCGUGGAGCUGUCUGGGGGACAGAGGCCGCCGGCUGCCGGAGAGCCAGGCCGGCCGCGGCCCUCUUCCCUCCCUCGAGGCCCCACGAGGUCAGGAAGGGCGCUCACGUCGGCCCGCAGAGGGCUGCUCGCCUGUCGCCCGGCGCCAGGACUGCCUCCCGGACCCACCUCCAGUCCUAUGUCCCUGGCGUCCCCCUGUGCUGGAGAGCGUCGCCGCGUCCACCGGCUGCUCAGUGCCCCGGGGUCCCCAGGAAGGGCAGCCAGGAAACUGCCAAACCGCCUUCCGCAGUGCGCGUGCCGCCCCGCCUUCCCGCCGGCACCCGGGAACCCUGCCACCGGCCCUCGUCGGCCCCGUUCUCCAUCUCAGCGCUUCUAACAGUGGACGGGAAGGACAAGACAGCAGCGAUGCCCGACUCUCCCGCCGAGGUGAAGAGUCAGCCCCGCUCCACGCCUCCCAGCAUGCCGCCCCCGCCGCCUGCCGCGUCCCAGGGGGCCACUCGGCUCCCCUCCUUCACGCCGCACACAAAUCGAGAGGACGGGCCCACGAUGUCCCUGCCCCACGGCCGUUUUCAUGGCUGCUUAAAAUGGUCUAUGGUCUGUCUUUUAAUGAACGGCACCCACUCGCCGACGGCCGUCAACGGCGCGCCAUCCACGCCCAGUGGCUUCAGCAAUGGCCCGGCCACCUCGUCCACCGCCUCCCUGUCCACGCAGCACCUGCCCCCGGCCUGCGGGGCGCGGCAGCUCAGCAAGCUGAAACGCUUCCUCACCACCCUGCAGCAGUUCGGCAGUGACAUCUCCCCGGAGAUCGGGGAGCGCGUGCGCACGCUGGUGCUGGGGCUCGUGAACUCCACGCUGACCAUCGAGCAGUUCCAUUCCAAGCUCCAAGAGGCCACCAACUUCCCUCUGCGUCCGUUCGUCAUCCCCUUCCUAAAGGCUAACCUUCCCCUGCUGCAGAGGGAGCUCCUGCACUGUGCCCGCCUGGCCAAGCAGACCCCCGCCCAGUACCUGGCCCAGCACGAGCAGCUCCUGCUGGACGCCAACGCCUCCUCCCCCAUCGACUCCUCGGAGCUCCUUCUGGAGGUCAACGAGAAUGGCAAGAGAAGGACGCCUGACCGGACCAAAGAGAAUGGGUCAGACCGUGACCCGCUGCACCCCGACCACGUCAGCAAACGGCCGUGCACCCUGAGCCCCGCCCAGCGCUACAGCCCCAGCCACGGGCCGCCCCAGCCCACGCCGCCGCCGCCACACUACCGCCUGGAGGACAUGGCCAUGGCCCACCACUUCCGUGACCCCUACCGCCAUCACGAGCCCCGGGAGCUGCGGGAGCGCCAUCGGCAGCUUGCGGUACACGGGUCCCGGCAGGAGGAAGUGAUCGACCACCGCCUCACGGAGCGGGAGUGGGCAGAGGAGUGGAAGCACCUGAACAACCUGCUGAACUGCAUCAUGGACAUGGCUGAGAAGACUCGACGGUCACUCACCGUGCUGCGUCAGUGCCAAGAGGCCGACCGCGAGGAGAUCAACCACUGGAUCCGGCGCUACAGCGACACCGAGGACGCCAAGAAGGGCCCCGUGCCUGCCACCGCCCGGCCCCUCAACAGCUCCGUGGGUGCAGAGGGGUCUCAGCUAGACGCCCACCGGGAGUUCAUGCCUAGGACCCUCUCUGGCUACAUGCCCGAGGAGAUCUGGAGGAAGGCUGAAGAGGCCGUGAAUGAGGUGAAGCGGCAGGCGAUGUCGGAGCUGCAGAAGGCGGUGUCGGACGCGGAGCGAAAGGCCCACGAGCUCAUCAGCACGGAGCGCGCCAAGAUGGAGAGGGCCCUGGCAGAGGCCCGGCGGCAGGCCUCAGAAGACGCCCUGACUGUCAUCAACCAGCAGGAGGACUCCAGCGAGGUAGGGCCGCCCAGCCUCCAGGUUCCAGACCCUGAGGCCCCACUCCAUCGCCUCCCAGCCUCGUGACCUCGGGCGGCCGGUGAGGCGGGUCCCCUGGGCAGAUGUGGACGCUGAGGGCUCCAGAGGGUAGGUGGCUGGCUCUAGGCUGCACCCUAGGAAGUCACAGGCCGUUCGGCCUGGGACUCAAACCUCGGCCGGGAGACGCUGAAGCCCGGGCUCGCAGUGACCUGUGAAAGCGGCAGCCGCGAGGGGCGUGGAGACCCCACGUGGCACUUACAGGGCAUCCUCGGCUACAGCCCGCGCAGUGGGGAUGUGAGAGACCUCGUCGCGCUGGUGCCCCGGCAUCCGGAGGCUGGCUGGGGUCAGGCGGGUGCAGGGAGGCCCUUUCCUCCUGGUCCGAAAAGGACUCGAUGUCGGGGAAGUUAGGGAAGGGGGGAGGGCGUGGCCAGGACGGAGUUCUAGAACGGUCCUUUGGGACAGGACACGUCUCAAAAACACCACGGUACGGGUGUGCUUGGGCCAGCCUGGAGGGUCGGCCCCCGUGUCUGCUCCGGCUGCUCCAGCAGACGGCCUGAGCUCCGGAGAAGCAGGCGGGUCAGAACAGGCAGGCCUCCCGGGGGCAGGUGCCAGGGAAGACGCCACGCCGUAGCAGUGACGUGGGAACGGAGUCCCGGAGGAGGUGAGCCAGGCAGGCAGGGAUCUGGGGGGAAAUUGCCACCCCGAGGAGGGAGCAGCAAAGACAGAGGCCGGGGGCACACCUGGCAGAGUGAGGACCACAGGGAGGCCGACGUGGCCGAGCGGAGAGCGCCAAGAGGCUUCGGCGGCUAGCGAGACAGUGGGCCUUUGUCCCGGGCGGGUGGUUGAGGUUACCGCCCGUCCACAGAAAGGGAGCAGAGGCCCAGUGGCCCGGGCGGGUGUGCGCGAGGCAGGCCCGGCCGUGCACCCCCCACGUUGGAGCCUGGCAGUCUUUGGCCAGGGCUGCCGCGUUCUGUGGUCAGAGCCCAGGUGAGGCCAGGAGGGCUUCCUGGAAGAGAGGAGCGGGGGGGU